UUAAGGCAGACGCGUUGUCAAGUGACUCCCAGCCGCUCGCUCCUGGAGCUUCCCGCGGGGUCUCGCGUCCUAGGGCUUCGCCGGUGCUGAGGAUGCCCAUGGUGGCUCUGUAAAGCCGAGGCAUGGCUGCGGGAAGGUUACUGCUCUAUGCCGGCCUCUCUCUCGCUCUGUGCGCCCUGGGCAUGCUGGCGGUAGCGAUCUGCUCCGACCACUGGUAUGAAACGGACGCCAGGAAGCACCGGGAGCGGUGCAAAAGCUUCACCACCAGGAGAAACGACCCGGGCUUCAUUUACAACUCCAACAACAACCUGCCUCUGAGGGCCAGCCGAUCCAGGUUGGACCGCUGGGAAGGGAAACUCCUCUUGGCAAGGAACAGGAGGCAGCUCUUUGCAAUGAGCGCCGCCGAUGAGUGCAACAGACAGUACAACUCCACCAACAUGGGGCUCUGGAGGAAAUGCCACAGACUGGGCUUCGACCAAGAGCUGGAGGAGCUGAUUGCCAAAGGAGCAAUUGAUCAGUGCACAUACAUCAAGUACCACUACUCCUCAGCAACAAUUCCCAAGAACCUCACCUACAACAUUACCAAGACAAUCCGCCAGGAUGAAUGGCACGCUUUGCAUCUGCGUAGGAUGACGGCUGGCUUUAUGGGCAUGGCUGUGGCCAUCAUCCUCUUUGGCUGGAUUAUCGGGGUGCUGGGGUGCUGCUGGGAUCGAGGCCUUAUGCAGUAUGUAGCAGGGCUUCUCUUCCUCAUGGGAGGUACCUUCUGCAUCAUUUCACUGUGCACAUGCGUGGCUGGAAUCAACUUUGAGCUCUCCCGCUACCCUCGCUACCUGUACGGACUUCCAGAUGACAUCAGUCAUGGCUACGGCUGGUCAAUGUUCUGUGCAUGGGGAGGCCUGGGCCUCACUCUUAUAUCGGGCUUCUUCUGCACCCUGGCCCCUUCUGUCCAACCUGUCCCCAGGACCAACUGCCCCAAAUCCAGACCUGAGAAUGGGACAGUGUGCUAAAAUAACUAACUAGCAAACAAACGUGUGUGUGUGUAUAUAUAUAGCUAUGUAUACACAUACGUACAUACAUAUAUAUAUAUAGCUAUAUUUAUCUCAAACUGAUGCCAGCGCCAAGGUAGAGCUGAGUUUCAACAUGGCACAUGCAUCUCCACAGGACUUUGUGUUGCUUCAUUCUUUCUCACAGAAAUGGGAAAGCUUUUCUGUAACAUGGCUCUUCCAUACAACUCUUAACUUCAGUACCAUAAUUUACAGAUCAAGUGAAAAUACUGUUGCAUCUAUCGACUGUCACCUGGGGUGGGGGGUGGGGGGAAAUCAGGUUGUAUGGAGGAUGUGAAACCUGAGCCUGUACAGGACAUGGGGAACCAAAAAGUAUCCACUGCAAGCCAAGAGGAGAAUACAAUGAACAAGCAAAGAAACAAAUCAACCAUGUGAGUCGCCUCUAGAAUGUAACCUCCUCAAGGCCAUUUUUAAACCCUUACCCCCUUUAAAAAACAAAUAACAUUGUUAUUUUUCUUCCUGCCUAAAAAUAGAGGACAAAAUUGAUAGAACAUAUGGUGGAGGGGAGAAUAUUCUCUCUGCCUGCCAAACUUAAAAUAAAAUAAAAUAAAAAUGGAACAACAAAGAAAAAAACCACAAGGACGUUUCAGUGGAUGUUCUAACAAUGCCGUUUUAAUCUUCCAGCUGCCUUACAUCCAGGCUUAACACGGAGGCUGAACUGCUAACAGAGACGCAGUGGGUGGCCUUUGAAAAUGCUGUGAUACGUGUGUGUAUAACUCUAUUUUCCUUUUUCUUUUUUAAAAGAAAUUUAAAAACAUUGAAAUGUGAUCGUCUACAAUCCAUCCAUACUGUGUUUGUAACCCAAGAAAAUGGCAUCAAGACUGCAUAAGUGUAAGGGAAGGCACAAGUUCCGAGACAGCCUAUCUCCUUCGCUGGAGGUUUUUUUUUUUUUUAACCUAA